AUGGGUGAUGAUGAAAAGUAUGACGGGAUGUUGCUUGUUAUGGCACAACAGCACGAAGGAGGUGUACAGGAGGUAAACUAUAGCUUGAUAGCAUGCUAGCAAGUUAGUAUGCUAACAUAAGCUAGCACAUUCCUCAUUAAACCACUGGCUAGCCGGCUAAAUUAUGUUAGCUAUAUGGGGGAUGGGAAAGUGUCCAGCGUUUGCACCAUGCAUAUAGCAACACAAACCUGUAGCUAAUGUUAGUCGCAUAUAAUAAAUAUCACACCAGUAGCGUAAUCGUUAACCAUAGUUUAGCUAGCUAGCUAGCUAGUUGUGUUUAUGCAUGCUGGUGUGGUAACGUUAGUAAGCCAUAGCAAAUAGGCUUGUGACUUGUAUAAGGCUCAGGUUGGCUAUGUAUUUUUUAUUUAUUUAUUUAUUUCACCUUUAUUUAACCAGGUAAGCCAGUUGAGAACAAGUUCUCAUUUACAACUGCGACCUGGCCAAGAUAAAGCAAAGCAGUGCGAUAAAAACAACAACAACACAGAGUUACAUAUGGAAUAAACAAAAACGUACAAUCAAUAACACAAUAGAAAAUCUAUAUACAGUGUGUGCAAAUGUAGUAAGUUAUGGCGGUAAGGCAAUAAAUAGGCCAUAGUGCAAAAUAAUUACAAUUUAGUAUUAAUACUGGAGUGAUUGAUGUGCAAAUAGAGAUACUGGGGUGCAAAUGACCAAAAUAAAUAACAAUAUGGGGAUGAGGUAGUUGGGUGGGCUAAUUACAGAUGGGCUGUGUACAGGUACAGUGAUCAGUAAGCUGCUCUGACAACCGAUGCUUUAAGUUAAUGAGGGAGAUAAGUGUCUCCAGCUUCAGAGAUUUUUGUAGUUCGUUCCAGUCAUUUGCAGCAGAGAACUGGAAAGAAUGGCGGCCAAAGGAGGUGUUGGCUUUGGGGAUGACCAGUGAGAUAUACCUGCUGGAGCGUAUCAUACUGGUGGGUGUUGCUAUGGUGACCAAUGAGCUAAGAUAAAGCAGGGAUUUGCCUAGAAGUGAUUUAUAGAUGACCUGGAGCCAGUGGGUUUGGAGACGAAUAUGUAGUGAGGGCCAGCCAACGAGAGCGUACAGGUCACAAUGGUGGGUAGUAUAUGGGGCUUUGGUGACAAAACGGAUGGCACUGUGAUAGACUACAUCCAAUUUGCUGAGUUGAGUGUUGGAAGCUAUUUUGUAAAUGACAUCGCCGAAGUAAAGGAUCGGUAGGAUAGUCAGUUUUACGAGGGCAUGUUUAGCAGCAUGAGUGAAGGAGGCUUUGUUGCGAAACAGGAAGCCGAUUCUAGAUUUAACUUUGGAUUGGAGAUGCUUAAUGUGAGUCUGGGAGGAGAGUUUAUGGUCUAACCAGACCCCUAGGUAUUUGUAGUUGUCCACAUAUUCUAAGUCAGACCAGAAAGUAGUGAUUCUAGUCGGGCGGGCGGGUGCAAGCAGCAUUCGAUUGAAGAGCAUGCGUUUAGUUUUACUAGCGUUUAAGAGCAGUUGGAGGCCACGGAAGGAGUGUUGUAUGGCAUUGAAGCUCGUUUGGAGGUUUGUUAACACAAUGUCCAAUGAAGGGCCAGAUGUAUACAAAAUGGUGUCGUCUGCGUAGAGGUGGAUUUGAGAGUCACCAGCAGCAAGAGCUACAUCAUUGAUAUACACAGAGAAUAGAGUCGGCCCGAGAAUUGAACCCUGUGGCACCCCCAUAGAGACUGCCAGAGGUCCAGACAACAGGCCCUCAGAUUUAACACAUUGAACUCUAUCUGAAAAGUAGUUGGUGAACCAGGCGAGGCAGUCGGUUGAGAAACUAACUGUAUCAUCUCUAAUGUAAUAUUUAUUCGUCCAACAGUUAGUAAACACGUUUUUCAGCUUCCUCCGGCGUAAAACAGACUUCUUCACGGGUGGCGAGGCAGGUGCACCAAAGAAGGUAAGUCCAGAAUUGGCUACCUAACAGAACAAAGAUGCAUACAUCAAGAGAUACUGAACUAAUCUGUCUAAUCUUAUGAACUAGCACAAUAACAAAGUCCAAAUUGGCUAUAUUGUAAAAAUGUAUGAAAACAAAAAUGUGUUUUAGGGUUGUGGUUAUGGUCAGGUUUAAAAUCAGAUUUUAAGAAGAGAAAUGGUAGAAAUAAGAGGGGUUUAUGACUUUGUGGCUGUGUUACCUAGUGACGACCCCUCUGUCCCCAGCUGGUGACGGAGUCGUUUGCCCACCACAGCGGUCUUGCCCUGAAGGCCCAUAGAGAGAAGGAGAAGAGACAGGAGAAGGAGAAGAGAGAGAAAACAGAGAGGGCUGCCAAGCUAGCUGAGGAAGAGGAGAAAAAGAAGAUUAAGAAAGCAGAUGUCGAGCCCAAAAUCAAAGAACUGACAGAUGAAGAGGCAGAGAGACUUCAGUCCGAAAUCGACAAGGUAAGAAAAACGGACCCUGCAGAUAGCACUACUGGGUGAUCUGAAAAGUCAUAGUCAAUCGAUCAAUAAUAUAAUAAUACUUUUAGCAAAAAUGUUUAUUUUCAAUUCACAAACUGUACAAACAAUGAGAAUAGAAAGGUUCAGAACUUUUGUAAAACAUCACAAUACAGUUGAAAAAAAAUAUAUGGCAAAUAGAAAUCCAAUAUGGAUGGUGUUAGGAGAUAGAUGGGAGGUGUUGAAUGGAGCUGAAGGAUGGGACUAAUAACAACGACUAAUAACUAGUGUAAGACAUGCUGUGUCCAUAAUAAGUAUAUAGGUUAUAUAUUGUGAGCUUUUGUGAAAGAGCACAGUUAGAAAGAUAUAUAGAAGCAUACCAGAUGGACAUCAUGAACAUCAUGAAAAUGAUCGGAGGAAGUUCAGGAGUAAAAACAAACAAAAUAUAAUUAUUAACUGGGUCCAUAAAAUGUAUAUAGUAUGUAUAAGCAUGAAGUAGAGGCCUAAGCAUUGUUGUUCACUAGUUUACUCCAAUUAGGGAAGGGAUGGUGGGGUUGGAAAGUAAUAAAGGGAAAUAUAUAUAUAUAUUUUUAAGGAUAUGUAUGUAUAUAUACAGUGAGGGGAAAAACGUUUUGUACGUUUACCCACUGAGAAAGAAAUGAUCAGUCUAUAAUUUUUAUGGUAGGUUUAUUUGAACAGUGAGAGACAGAAUAACAACAAAAAAAUCAUUCAGAUGUUCAUUGGCAAACUUCAGACGGGCAUGUAUAUGUACACUGCUCAAAAAAAUAAAGGGAACACUUAAACAACACAAUGUAACUCCAAGUCAAUCACACUUCUGUGAAAUCAAACUGUCCACUUAGAAAGCAACACUGAUUGACAAUAAAUGUCACAUGCUGUUGUGCAAAUGGAAUAGACAACAGGUGGAAAUUAUAGGCAAUUAGCAAGACACCCCCAAUAAAGGACUGGUUUUGCAGGUGGUGACCACAGACCACUUCUCAGUUCCUAUGCUUCCUGGCUGAUGUUUUGGUCACUUUUGAAUGCCGGCGGUGCUUUCACUCUAGUGGUAGCAUGAGACGGAGUCUACAACCCACACAAGUGGCUCAGGUAGUGCAGCUCAUCCAGGAUGGCACAUCAAUGCGAGCUGUGGCAAGAAGGUUUGCUGUGUCUGUCAGCGUAGUGUCCAGAGCAUGGAGGCACUACCAGGAGACAGGCCAGUACAUCAGGAGACGUGCAGGAGGCUGUAGGAGGGCAACAACCCAGCAGCAGGACUGCUACCUCCGCCUUUGUGCAAGGAGGAGCAGGAGGAGCACUGCCAGAGCCCUGCAAAAUGACCUCCAGCAGGCCACAAAUGUGCAUGUGUCUGCUCAAACGGUCAGAAACAGACUCCAUGAGGGUGGUAUGAGGGCCCGACGUCCACAGGUGGGGGUUGUGCUUACAGCCCAACACCGUGCAGGACGUCUGGCAUUUGCCAGAGAACACCAAGAUUGGCAAAUUCGCCACUGGCGCCCUGUGCUCUUCACAGAUGAAAGCAGGUUCACACUGAGCACAUGUGACAGACGUGACAGAGUCUGGAGACGCUGUGGAGAACGUUCUGCUGCCUGCAACAUCCUCCAGCAUGACCGGUUUGGCGGUGGGUCAGUCAUGGUGUGGGGUGGCAUUUCUUUGGGGGGCCGCACAGCCCUCCAUGUGCUCGCCAGAGGUAGCCUGACUGCCAUUAGGUACCGAGAUGAGAUCCUCAGACCCCUUGUGAGACCAUAUGCUGGUGCGGUUGGCCCUGGGUUCCUCCUAAUGCAAGACAAUGCUAGACCUCAUGUGGCUGGAGUGUGUCAGCAGUUCCUGCAAGAGGAAGGCAUUGAUGCUAUGGACUGGCCCGCCCGUUCCCCAGACCUGAAUCCAAUUGAGCACAUCUGGGACAUCAUGUCUCGCUCCAUCCACCAACGCCACGUUGCACCACAGACUGUCCAGGAGAUGGCGGAUGCUUUAGUCCAGGUCUGGGAGGAGAUCCCUCAGGAGACCAUCCGCCACCUCAUCAGGAGCAUGCCCAGGCAUUGUAGGGAGGUCAUACAGGCACGUGGAGGCCACACACACUACUGAGCCUCAUUUUGACUUGUUUUAAGGACAUUACAUCAAAGUUGGAUCAGCCUGUAGUGUGGUUUUCCACUUUAAUUUUGAGGGUGACUCCAAAUCCAGACCUCCAUGGGUUGAUAAAUUUGAUUUCCAUUGAUAAUUUUUGUGUGAUUUUGUUGUCAGCACAUUCAACUAUGUAAAGAAAAAAGUAUUUAAUAAGAUUAUUUCAUUCAUUCAGAUCUAGGAUGUGUUAUUUUAGUGUUCCCUUUAUUUUUUUCAGCAGUGUAUAUAUGUACAGUGGGGAGAACAAGUAUUUGAUGCACUGCCGAUUUUGCAGGUUUUCCUACUUACAAGGCAUGUAGAGGUCUGUAAUUUUUAUCAUAGGUACACUUCAACUGUGAGAGAUGGAAACUAAAACAAAAAUCCAGAAAAUCACAUUGUAUGAUUUUUAAGUAAUUCAUUUGCAUUUUAUUGCAUGACAUAAGUAUUUGAUCACCUACCAACCAGUAAGAAUUCCGGCUCUCACAGACCUGUUAGUUUUUCUUUAAGAAGCCCUCCUGUUCUCCACUCAUUACCUGUAUUAACUGCACCUGUUUGAACUCGUUACCUGUAUAAAAGACACAUGUCCACACACUCAAUCAAACAUACUCCAACCUCUCCACAAUGGCCAAGACCAGAGAGCUGUGUAAGGACAUAAGGGAUAAAAUUGUAGACCUGCACAAGGCUGGGAUGGGCUACAGGACAAUAGGCAAGCAGCUUGGUGAGAAGGCAACAACUGUUGCCGCAAUUAUUAGAAAAUGGAAGAAGUUCAAGAUGACGGUCAAUCACCCUCGGUCUGGGGCUCCAUGCAAGAUCUCACCUCGUGGGGCAUCAGUGGCUCCGUAAGAAGCAUCUCAAGGUCCUGGAGUGGCCUAGCCAGUCUCCAGACCUGUACCCAAUAGACCAUCUUUGGAGGGAGCUGAAAGUCCGUAUUGCCCAAGCGACAGCCCCGAAACCUGAAGGAUCUGGAGAAGGUCUGUAUGGAGGAGUGGGCCAAAAUCCCUGCUGCAGUGUGUGCAAACCUGGUCAAGACCUACAGGAAACGUAUGAUCUCUGUAAUCGCAAACAAAGGUUUCUGUACCAAAUAUUAAGUUCUGCUUUUCUGAUGUAUCAAAUACUUAUGUCAUGCAAUAAAAUGCAAAUGAAUUACUUAAAAAUCAUACAAUGUGAUUUUCUGGAUUUUUGUUUUAGAUUCCGUCUCUCACAGUUGAAGUGUAACUAUGAUAAAAAUUACAGACCUCUACAUGCUUUGUAAGUAGGAAAACUUACAAAGCAUGGCAAAAUCGGCAGUGUAUCAAAUACUUGUUCUCCCCACUGUACAUCACUGAUCAUUGCAACUCCACAAGGUGAGAUCUUGCAUGGAGCCCCAGGCCGAGGGAGAUUGACAGUUCUUUUGUGUUUCUUCCACUUUCUCACCAAGCUGCUUGGCGAUGGUCUUGUAGCCCAUUCCAGCCUUGUGUAGGUCUACAAUCUUGUCCCUGACAUCCUUAGAGAGCUCUUUGGUCUUGGCCAUGGUGGAGAGUUUGGAAUCUGAUUGAUUGAUUGCUUCUGUGGACAGGUGUCUUUUAUACAGGUAACAAACUGAGAUUAGGAGCACUCCCUUUAAGAGUGUGCUCCUAAUCUCAGCUCGUUACCUGUAUAAAAGACACCUGGGAGCCAGAAAUCUUUCUGAUUGAGAGGGGGUCAAAUACUUAUUUCCCUCAUUAAAAUGCAAAUCAAUUUAUAACAUUUUUGACAUGCGUUUUUCUGGAUAUUUGUUGUUGUUAUUCUGUCUCUCACUGUUCAAAUAAACCUUCCAUUAAAAUUAUAGACUGAUAAUUUUUUUGUCAGUGGGCAAACGUACAAAAUCAGCAGGGGAUCAAAUACUUUUUUCCCUCACUGUAUAUGCGAGAAAAGGAAAAAAAAACAUGGGGGAUUGGAAGUGAUGCAGACAAUUACAUUGAUGGAAGUUACAAUCUAUCUGCAAUAUAAAAAAUAAAAUUAAAAUAAAAACGGAUUGUCAGUUAUGAUUGAUUGAUGUGCUAUACACACUAGAUUUAACCGUUUGUCUUUGUUAGGGCUGACCCCAUUUAGUCUACUGGUCAAUUUCUUUAGUCGAGCAGUAGCUAAAAAUAUUAUGGUGUACAAGACACCUGUCUUAUUCGCACUGAGUGGACUGAUCCAUUGUGGAGGCCGUGGGGAUGGCACAGUCCAUCAGUGUAAGACAUGUUAUACUGAAAUGGUAUAUGGUUAUAUUACAUAAAAACAAUGGUGCAACACUAAUAGAAAUAAUAUUAUUUUAUAACAAAUGCGCUUUUUCCCUCAUUGGAUAGCGGUCGCUGUCCACGGUUCUGAAACACAUCAGUGCGCUGUUGAAUUAGUGCCUUUUCCUAGACCAUGUUGCUAUGUGCAUAAUAGCAAAGUUAACCAGAAUAUUGAUGUUGAGAACAAUGCCGUGGCGGCAGCAGCAGAAUGAGGAGAUGAGAAAACAGCCCUUGCCUUAUUGUCUAAGAAAAGUGAGGAGAGAGGAAACCCCAACUUAAUUAGGUCUAUAAUCAAAAGCCUAACUGUUAAAUGUGCCUGGCUUUAUAAUUCAUCAAUGUAUCUAUAGAAAUAGAUCUUGCUACUGUUGCCUGUUUAAGUGUUUGUUUAAUAGCCUUCUGAUUCCGUGAGCACCAAGCCUCACGCAACGACAUGUUAAGUAAACAAUUUCACAAAUUCGACUGUUUUUUAUCUUUGCGUUGCUGUAAUAAAGGCUUAACAAUUUUUUUUGUUAGAACAGCCUCUCUUGUAUUAUUUUUAAUUUAUUUUGUGUUUACACUGUUCCAAAUUGUCUGAAAAAUUAUAUUUAUAAUAAUAAUAAUAACGCUCCUUUUUCUUGAUCUCCUUAUUGUUAUUAUUACUAUUAUUAUUAUUAUCAUAAUAAUAAGCAAUGUCAUUAUCAUUAGUAAGCUUAGUAUAGCAGCCUUGUAUAACCACCAUCGAACUGUAGGCCUAAGAGCACAUCCUGUUUAGUCUUAAUACCGUGACUUACUUAGGCCUAUAUUUCAAUACUUCUAUAGGCUACUGUAUCAAUCAUUCAUUCGUUCAUGUCAUCACACAGCAUACGAGUCAUUCAUGAUUUUAAAUGCAAUCAAGCAUUUUAGGUUUAAAAUACAAUAAAGCGAGCCUUUAAUAAUUAGCUUAUACAAUAAAUAAACCGUUCCAUUUGGGAAAUUGCAUUCACGAAUGAAUCUGACUGUUUUUAGUCUUCACUGUAAUGAAGGCUUAACAAAAAAAAAAACAUUACAACAGACUCUCUGGUACGCUUAUACCUUAUUUAGUGUUGUUUACAUUGUUCCAAACGUUCCGAAAAAUUAUAGUGUAAUCAAUACAGCACCUGUUUGGCACACAUAAUAUGCACGCAGCGCUUGCUCCUUACCUUAUUUUUCUUGGUCUCCGGGAUUUUCCACAACUAGUCACAUUUAUUCCACACAUCUGACUUUCCCUUUACCUCCUGAGCAACCAGUAAACCUUCCCACAUUUCAAGUUUUUUUGUCACGUCCUCUGCAUCCAUUUUGCUGUCACGUGUUAUGGUGUUCAGAGUUUAUUAUAACCAAUGUAUUGACGUGAUUAUGAUAUGCUAUAGGUCAGGACCUAUUGUACCCUAUUCGGACAGGAUUAGUUUUACUGGGGGAGGUCAGGUAAUGUAAUUAUGUGCACGAGCACAAAACACCACAUCUGUAAUUUUAGUCCCGUCCGAAUCAGCCAUUUCAGUAAUUUUUAAAUGGCAGGAGAGUAACAAUUCCACCAAGAAUAACUGACUGUUUUUUGGCGAACUCCAAGGUCUUCUGAUAAUACUAGUCCCGUGCGAAUCGACAUCGCUGUGUUUUGAGAGAAAUGUCUGAGUUUGACAAGUGUUGCUCGUGGAUUGCGCAAGAAAACAAAACUGAUUAAAUCAAUUGAUCUAAGUGCUGCGCAUAAGCUAUAUAUGACUGGCCUACAUGUAGCCUAUCAGCUUUCACAGUGAAUGCUUUUUUAAAUAUAUUUUGUGCGUAUGAAUUGAAUAUUGCCAAAUGCAUCAGUUAAAAAAUAUUGAGCCUAUUUAAUGCAACCCUUGUUGUUAAUAGUUCGCAAAGCAGCAUACAACUGACCUAAACGUUUGGAAAUGAUAAAUUAACUUUCUCAUCCAUAGCCUAAAAAUGCAUCUCAAGUGCAUUUGCACUGUUUAGCUCACAUCUGAAGGCUGGGGGGCAUUUGGACAUCCUGCGGAUCGCUAAAAUAUCCUAAUGAUUAUGAUCACACUUCCUGAAUUCAAAUAUUAUGGCGACAUUAUAGGAAAGAUGGAUUGGUAUGGUUUAGAAACUUGGCAAUCAAGCUGGAGUUAUCAGUGUGACCCUAUCACCUGGGCAUGUUGAAAUACUGUAUCUUCACGCCUAGAAUAAAAACCUCCAGGCUUUCGUUAUUACUGUCAAUUUAUUGGGGGAAAACUAAUCCCGUCCGAAUCGUCCUCUGGAAUAACGGACAUUCUGGAGUAAAAACUACAUAACCACCAUUCAAAUAUAAUCAAAUGUAUUGGUCACAUACACAUGGUUAGCAGAUGUUAUUGUGAGUGUAGCGAAAUGCUUGUGCUUCUAGUUCCAACAGUGCAGGAAUAUCUAGUAAGUAAUAUCUAACAGUUCUACAACAAAAACCUAAUACACACAAAUCUAAGUCAAGGAAUGGAAUAAGAAUAUAUAAAUAUAUGGCAUUAUCAGAGAGGCAUAGUCUAAGAUGCAAUAGAUAGUAUAGAAUACAAUAUAUACAUAUGAGAUGGGUAAUGCAAGAAACAGUGCCUUGCAAAAGUAUUCAUCCCCCUUGGCGUUUUUCCUAUUUUGUUGCAUUACAACCUGUCAUUUAAAUGGAUUUUAUUUGGAUUUCAUGUAAUGGACAUACACAAAAUAGUCCAAAUUGGUGAAGUGAAAUGAAAAAAAUUACUUGUUUCAAAAAAUUCCAAAUAAUAAAUAACGGAAAAGUGGUGUGUAUUCACCCCCUUUGCUAUGAAGCCCCUAAAUAAGAUCUGGUGCAACCAAUUACCUUCAGAAGUCACAUAAUUAGUUAAAUAAAGUCCACCUGUGUGCAAUCUAAGUGUCAUAUGAUCUCAGUAUACAGUGGGGAGAACAAGUAUUUGAUACACUGCCGAUUUUGCAGGUUUUCCUACUUACAAAGCAUGUAGAGGUCUGUAAUUUUUAUCAUAGGUACACUUCAACUGUGAGAGACGGAAUCUAAAUAAAAAAAAUCCAGAAAAUCACAUUGUAUGAUUUUUAAGUAAUUAAUUUGCAUUUUAUUGCAUGACAUAAGUAUUUGAUACAUCAGAAAAGCAGAACUUAAUAUUUGGUACAGAAACCUUUGUUUGUAAUUACAGAGAUCAUACGUUUCCUGUAGGUCUUGACCAGGUUUGCACACACUGCAGCAGGGAUUUUGGCCCACUCCUCCAUACAGACCUUCUCCAGAUCUUUCAGGUUUCAGGGCUGUUGCUGGGCAAUACGGACUUUCAGCUCCCUCCAAAGAUUUUCUAUUGGGUUCAGGUCUGGAGACUGGCUAGGCCACUCCAGGACAUUGAGAUGCUUUUUACAGAGCCACUCCUUAGUUUCCCCGGCUGUGUGUUUCGGGUCGUUGUCAUGCUGGAAGACCCAGCCACGACCCAUCUUCAAUGCUCUUACUGAGUGAAGGAGGUUGUUGGCCAAGAUCUCGCGAUACAUGGCCCCAUCCAUCCUCCCCUCAAAACGGUGCAGUCGUCCUGUCCCCUUUGCAGAAAAGCAUCCCCAAAGAAUGAUGUUUCUACCUCCAUUCUUCACGGUUGGGAUGGUGUUCUUGGGGUUGUACUCAUCCUUCUUCCUCCAAACACGGCGAGUGGAGUUUAGACCAAAAAGCUCUAUUUUUGUCGCAUCAGACCACAUGACCUUCUCCCAUUCCUCCUCUGGAUCAUCCAGAUGGUCAUUGGCAAACUUCAGACGGGCCUGGACAUGCGCUGGCUUGAGCAGGGGGACCUUGCGUGCGCUGCAGGAUUUUAAUCCAUGACGGCGUAGUGUGUUACUAAUGGUUUUCUUUGAGACUGUGGUCCCAGCUCUCUUCAGGUCAUUGACCAGGUCCUGCCGUGUAGUUCUGGGCUGAUCCCUCACCUUCCUCAUGAUCAUUGAUGCCCCACGAGGUGAGAUCUUGCAUGGAGCCCCAGACCGAGGGUGAUUGACCGUCAUCUUGAACUUCUUCCAUUUUCUAAUAAUUGCGCCAACAGUUGUUGCCUUCUCACCAAGCUGCUUGCCUAUUGUCCUGUAGCCCAUCCCAGCCUUGUGCAGGUCUACAAUUUUAUCCCUGAUGUCCUUACACAGCUCUCUGGUCUUGGCCAUUGUGGAGAGGUUGGAGUCUGUUUGAUUGAGUGUGUGGACAUGUGUCUUUUAUACAGGUAACGAGUUCAAACAGGUGCAGUUAAUACAGGUAAUGAGUGGAGAACAGGAGGGCUUCUUAAAGAAAAACUAACAGGUCUGUGAGAGCCGGAAUUCUUACUGGUUGGUAGGUGAUCAAAUACUUAUGUCAUGCAAAUUAAUUACUUAAAAAUCAUACAAUGUGAUUUUCUGGAUUUUUGUUUUAGAUUCCGUCUCUCAAAUACUUGUUCUCCCCACUGUAUAUACACCUGUUCUGAAAGGCCCCAUAGUCUGCAAGACCACUAAGCAAGGGGCACCACCAAGCAAGCGGCACCAUGAAGGCCAAGGAGCUCUCCAAACAGGUCAGGGACAAAGUUGUGGAGAAGUACAGAUCAGAGUUGGGUUCUAAAAAAAUAUCUGAAUCUUUGAACAUACCACGGACCACCAUUAAAUCCUUUAUUAAAAAAUGGAAAGAAAAUGGCACCACAACAAACCUGCCAAGAGAGGGCAGCCCACCAAAACUCACGGACCUGGCAAGGAGGGCAUUAAUCAGAGAGGCAACAAAGAGACCAAAGAUAACCCUGAAGGAGCUGUAAAGCUCCACAGCGGAGAUUGGAGUAUCUGUCCAUAGGACCACUUUAAGCCAUACUCUCCACAGAGCUGGGCUUUACGGAAGAGUGGCCAGCUCUUUGGUGUUCGCCAAAAGGCAUGUGGGAGACUCCCCAAACAUAUGGAAGAAGGUACUCUGGUCAGAUGAGACUAAAAUUUAGCUUUUUGUCCAUCAAAGAAAACGCUAUGUCUGGCGCAAACCCAACACCCCGAGAACACCAUCCCCACAGUAGAGCAUGGUGGUGGCAGCAUCAUGCUGUGGGGAUGUUUUUCAUCGGCAGGGACUGGGAAACUGGUCAGAAUUGAAGGAAUGAUGGAUGGCGUUAAAUACAGGGAAAUUCUUGAGGGAAACCUGUUUCAGUCUUCCAGAGAUUUGAGACUGGGACGGAGGUUCACCUUCCAGCAGGACAAUGACCCUAAGCAUACUGCUAAAGCAACACUUGAGUGGUUUAAGGGGAAACAUUUAAAUGUCUUGGAAUGGCCUAGUCAAAGCCCAGACCUCAAUCCAAUUGAGAAUCUGUGGUAUGAUUUAAAGAUUGCUGUACACCAGCGGAACCCAUCCAGCUUGAAGGAGCUGGAGCAAUUUUGCCUUGAAGAAUGGGAAAAAAUCCCAGUGGCUAGAUGUGCCAAGCUUAUAGAGACAUACCCCAAGAGACUUGCAGCUGUAAUUGCUGCAAAAGGUGGCUCUACAAAGUAUUGACUUUGGGGGGGUGAAUAGUUAUGCACGCUCAAGUUUUCUGUAUAGUUUUCAAGUUUCACAAGAAAAAAUAUUUUGCAUCUUCAAAGUGGUUGGCAUGUUGUGUAAAUCAAAUUAUACAAAACCCCAAAAAAUCUAUUUAAAUUCCAGGUUGUAAGGCAACAAAAUAGGAAAAAUGCCAAGGGUGUGAAUAAUUUCGCAAGCCACUGUAUGUAAACAUUAAAGUGGCAUUAUUAAAGUGACUAGUGUUUCAUUUAUUAAAGUGGCCAGUGAUUUUCCAGCUUUCUGUGCUGGUGAUGGCUGUUUAACAUUCUGAUGGCCUUGAGAUAGAAGCUGUUUUUCAGUCUCUCGGUCCAAGCUUUGAUGCACCUGUACUUUCCUCGCCUUCUGGAUGAUAGCGGGGUGAACAGGCAGUGGCUCGGGUGGUAGUUGUCCUUGAUUAUCUUUUUGGCCCUCACCUCCUCCCUGUAGGCUGUCUCAUCAUUGUUGGUAAUCAAGCCUACUACUGUUGUGUCGUCUGCAAACUUGAUGAUUGAUUUUGAGGCGUGCAUGGCUACGCAGUCAUGGGUGAACAGGGAGUACAGGAGGGGGCUGAGCACACACCCUUGUGGGGCCCCAGUGUUGAGGAUCAGCGAAGUGGAGAUGUUGUUUCCUACCUUCACCACCUGGGGGUGGCCCGUCAGGAAGUCCAGGACCCAAUUGCACAGGGCGGGGUUGAGACCCAGGGCCUCAAGCUUGAUGAUGAGCUUGGAGGGUAUUCUGGUGUUGAAUGCUGAGCUAUAGUCAAUGAACAGCAUUCUUACAUAGGUAUUCCUUUGUCCAGAUUGGAUAGGGCAGUGUGAUGGCGAUUACAUAGUCUGUGGACCUAUUGGGGCGGUAUGCAAAUUAAGGUGGGUCUAGGGUGACCGGUAAGGUGGAGGUGAAUGAUCCUUGACUAGUCUCUCAAAGCACUUCAUGAUGACAGAGGUGAGUGCUACAGGGCGAUAGUCAUUUAGUUCAGUUACCUUUGCAUUCUUGUGUACAGGAACAAUGGUGGCCAUCUUGAAGCAAGUGGGGACAGCAGACUGGGAUAGGGAGAGAUUGAAUAUGUCCGUAAACACACCAGCCAGCUGGUCUGCGCAUGCUCUAAGGACGCGGCUAAGAAUACCGUCUGGGCCGGCAGCCUUGCGAGGGUUAACACGUUUAAAUGUCUUACUCACGUCGGCCACAGAGAAGGAGAGCCCACAGUUCUUCAUAGCUGGCCGCGUCGGUGACACUGUGUUAUCCUCAAAGCGGGCAAAGAACUUGUAUAGCUUGUCUGGCAGCAAGACGUCAGUGUCCUCGACGUGGCUGGUUUUCCUAUUGUAGUCCGUGAUUGUCUGUAAACCCUGCCACAUACGUCUCGUGUCUGAGCCGUUGAAUUGCGACUCCACUUUGUCUUGAUAUUUACGUUUUGCCUGUUUAAUUGCCUUGCGGAGGGAACGACCACUCUGUUUGUAUUCUGCCAUAUUCCCAGGCACCUUGCCAUGGUUAAAUGCGGUGGUUCGUGCUUUCAGGUUUUCUCUAGUAAUACUAGUCCUGUGCUAAUAGGUCUUUGGUCACAUGCAUGCGAUGCAUACACGUGUCACGUAAAGAGAUCAAGGGUUGAAGGAAUAGGGAAUGUUUUUCCUAAACAAAUGAGUGAUUUUGGUAACAUAACUUUUCAGUCAGAAAUGGCAGUAAUUAUGUUGCUGCUUCAGCAACACGGACAUUACGAUAAACACUUUGAUGUUUUGUGGUGGUCAUGGCAGCAGGGAGGAGAGAGAGACAACGGGUGCUAGUCACAGUCACUUGCUGUCUUUUUUUUUUACACAGCGCAGUAAGUCUGAGCCCGUCCCGGCACAGUCAAAUAAUUUGCUGGUCGGACUCUCUAGGCAUUUGUGUCUUAAUUAUUUAAUCAAACAGUGUGCUUAAAGCAUCAGACAAGCUCAGUGAAUAUAGUUGAUUUGAUUAAAAGACAUAGGAUGUGUCAAUAUAUGGAAAAAUACACGUCAACCAAGAUUUUUAAAGUCGGGGACAGCCCUAGUCUUUGUCUUGAUGAAGCGUAUGUGCACUACUAUAAGGUAUUUGUCUCGAUUAAGCAUAUGUGCACUACUUUAAUGUCUUUGUCUUGAUGAAGCGUAUGUGCACUACUUUAAUGUCUUUGUCUUGAUGAAGCGUAUGUGCACUACUUUAAUGUCUUUGUCUUGAUGAAGCGUAUGUGCACUACUUUACAGUUUUUUACAAUCACUUUGGCACUAAUUUCAGAACCUUGACGUCAUUUUUCAAAACUCUAGACACAAAACUCACAACCAAUGAUCAAAAUGCACAUUUUUCAAAACUCUAACACUUUUUUCAAUUGCUUGGAUACAAUACACAUAAAACUAAGAUCAUUUGUUCAUUUAACAAAAAUCACCUGUUCAAUAUGACACAACUUAACAUCAAAGUACUACUAUUUCAAAAGGCAAUUCACACAUUACAUUUCAGAUGAGUGUCUAUUCAUUUCAUUACAAUUAUCCAACUAUCAAUUGAUACAACUGCUCAAAAUGAUAAGUAACUGUUGCAUUGCUCUUAAUGCAUAGUUGUAUGGAAACAGACAAACAAUAUUCCAUGUUUAGAUCAUGAAAGUUUCAAAGUAACGAGAUUCAUUGUCACCAAUUAGCGUGGAGCAUGAACCAAUUAGACUACAUUAUCUAUGGAUGUAAUAUUUCAUCAUCAUUCUUUAUCAGACACCGUUUCUAUGGGCCCCUUGUAACCUUCCUUGAUGAGCUCGAUCAGGUCAGUAGAGCUGAUGGCGUGACCUAUGUCAUUGUGUGGGAUAAUGUCAGGUUCCACCAUGCUCAUAUGGUGCAAGCAUGGUUUCAGGCCCAUGCACAAUUUACCACCCUGGAUUUACCCCCAUACUCUCAUUUCCUUAACCCGAUUGAGGAAUUUUUCUCCACAUGGAGAUGGAAGGUUUAUGAUAGGCACCCUCAUGAACAAGUCACUCUUCUCCAGGCCAUGGAUGACGCAUGCAAUGACAUCACGGCAGACCAGUGUCAGGCCUGGAUUCGCCAUGCCCAAAGGUUUUUUCCAAGAUGUUUGGCUAAUGAAAACAUCCAUUGUGAUGUAGAUGAGAACCUGUGGCGAAAUCCACAAGACAGAGGAUGAAAAUGUAGAAGUACAGUAAUCACUCCUAUGUUUUGCUUUUUUCAAUACAAGCAAGCAAGUUGAGGAACACUGCAUUUGAUGUUUUACAGUACUGUAUUGUUUUUCAUCAAUAUAUUUCAGAUUUUGUUCAAUGAUUUCACUCUGUCUGUAGUAUUCUCUCUACUACUGCAGUACUUUUACAGGGAUAUAUUUACAUGUAGUACCAUAAUGAAACAUGUAUCACCUAUUUUGUACUACAAUAUUUAAUGAUUGUACAAACAAUGACACAAUGAAACUAUCGGUUGCUUGUGUGUGGGUGAUCUAAAUUAACGUUUCAUUGGUAUUUCACAAUAAAUGUGUUUUUUGAACCAAUGAUUGUGCAAGUGCAAGAUUUCUUUAAAGAUAUGAAUGCACAAUGCAAUGUUUUGAACAUUGGACAGCCUGUGUUACAAGUAAUGACCGUUUUGAGUUUUGUGUCUAGAGUUUUGAAAAAUGACGUCAAGGUUCUGAAAUUAGUGCCAAAGUGAUUGUAAAAAACUGUAAUGUCUUUGUCUUGAUGAAGCAUAUGUGCACUACUUUAAUGUCUUUGUCUUGUCUUGGUUUCAGCAAAAUAAACAAGAGGAGAAGAAAGAGGCCACAAACACAAAUGCUGUAACUCCACCUGAGAAAGCUGAGAAGGAAAGGGAAGAGAAGGGAGACAAGGGGGUAAGAGAUUCUGCUGGGAUGCCUCAGUAGAGGUACACCACUGUUUCCCCCGCUAUCAUAUAGGCGUGGCGUCUCACCUGGGAAAUAAACUAUGGGGAAAAAACGUAUGCACAUAGUUUACAGCGCAGGGGUGUUUUAUGCAUGUUGAAGGCAAUUGAAGCUAAUGAAUAACUUGUUCAUUUCUGCCAGACUGAUUCAGAUGGAGAAGAUGAUGAGAAAGACAAGGACAAGAUAAAACCUAACGCUGGCAACGGAGCUGACCUGGCCAAUUAUCGCUGGACACAGUCCUUGUCUGAAGUGGACGUGAGUUUCCCUUUUGCCUUUAGUGUUAGUGUUCCCUAGUAUAUGGAUAUUAAAGUUGUUUAACUGUAGCAUGGUUGUUGCUUUAACUAUGAAGAGGUAUUUUGUGCUCUCUGUUCAUUUUGUAUGGGCAGCUCCCUCUAUUUCACAGCAAAUGUUGAUCAACUUUUUGCCCCCAGUCACUAGGGAUUGGUUUAGUAUUGGGCAACAUGUAAUCUGGGCAGACAAGGUAAUCAGGCAUUCUGUGUGUUCCCCUUUAUCCCACCCCCCAGCUGGUGGUGCCUUCGUUCUAAUUGGGUGUUCCCCUUUAUCCCGCCCCCCAGCUGGUCGUGCCUUCAUUCUAAUUGGGUGUUCCCCUUUAUCCCGCCCCCCAGCUGGUGGUGCCUUCAUUCUAAUUGGGUGUUCCCCUUUAUCCCGCCCCCCAGCUGGUGGUGCCUUCAUUCUAAUUGGGUGUUCCCCUUUAUCCCGCCCCCCAGCUGGUCGUGCCUUCAUUCUAAUUGGGUGUUCCCCUUUAUCCCGCCCCCCAGCUGGUGGUGCCUUCAUUCUAAUUGGGUGUUUCCCUUUAUCCCGCCCCCCAGCUGGACGUGCCUUCAUUCUAAUUGGGUGUUCCCCUUUAUCCCGCCCCCCAGCUGGUGGUGCCUUUUGAUGUGAAGUUCCGUAUGAAGGGGAAGGAUGUAGUGGUGGACAUCCAGCGUCGUGUGCUGAAGGUGGGUCUGAAGGGCCAUCCUCCUGUGAUUGAGGGACAGCUCUACAACGACGUCAAGGUAGAGGAGAGCUCCUGGCUCAUUGAGGACGGCAAGGUGGUCACCAUUCACCUGGAGAAGGUACUGCUUUUAUUUAUAUUUUAUUACAAGUGCUUUCAUUGAGAUUAAAAGUAUUUCACGCUGAAACCUUUUAAGUCACUAAAUCAUGCCUUGCGUCUGUUUCAGAUCAACAAGAUGGAGUGGUGGAAUAAGAUAGUGACCACGGAUCCAGAACUCAAUACAAAGAAGAUCUGUCCUGAGAACUCUAAGGUAACCAACGCCAAUCUACUGAUGCAAGGCUCACUGUAUAUUGCAAGAGAACGUGUAAUUAUUCUCCUUUAUUUAAAGGUGAAUAAUUUAUCUCUCUCUCUCUCUCACCCUCCAUCUCUUUCUCUCUCUCUCCUCUUCAUCUCUCUAUAUCCCUCCCUCCCUCUCUCACCCUCCAUCUCUAUCUCUCUCUCUCUCACCCUCCAUCUCUUUCUCUCUCUCUCCUCUUCAUCUCUCUAUAUCCCUCCCUCCCUCUCUCACCCUCUAUCUCUUUAUCUCUCUAUAUCCCUCCCUCUCUCACCCUCCAUCUCUCUCAUCAAUCUCUCUCUCCAUCUAUCUCCCUCACUCUCACCCUCCAUCUCGCUCUCUCCAUCUCUCUCUCCUCUUCCGUCUCUCUAUAUCUCUCCCUCUCUAACCCUCCAUCUCUCUCCAUCGCUCUUUCUCCAUCUCUCUCUCAACCUAUCUCCCUCCCUCCCCCUCCCUCUCACCCUCCAUCUCUCUCCCUCUCCCUCUCAUCCUCCAUCUCCCUCUCCAUCUCUCUCUCACUGCUGUCUCAGCUGUCCGAUCUGGAUGGGGAGACCCGUGGUAUGGUGGAGAAGAUGAUGUACGACCAGAGACAGAAGUCUAUGGGUCUACCCACCUCCGAAGAGCAGAAGAAACAAGACAUCCUCAAAAAGUAGCUUUCAGUACAUUGGUUAUAGCACCAUCAUAUAGCAUGUCCAUCAUGAUAACGUUUAAGUAGUGCAAUACUUUUCUUCACAUAGACAGUGAAAAGUUUGACCCCUCCCAGUCAUCCCUGGGACUUAACUACUGACAAUCUACUGACAGAUUUUAACAUUAGAAUAGAGUACUUCAUAUUAUACACCUACUGAAAAUGAUCUAUAUGCUGUUAACUUUCUAUAGGUUUACUUGGUGCUUUUCUUUUUAUUGUCUAACAUGUUCCUGUAUACUGGAUAGUUUAACAUAGCCAUAGAAAUGAGGUAAAAGGAAAGAGUGAAUGUAAAAGCAGGCUGCCUCCUACUGUUUCCUGUCAAGGUCAGGUCACACGAUCAUUGCGGCCAUAAACGGAUAGUGAGACGUCUGUACCAGCUUCCCAACGGAGUCCGGGACUAGAGCUGACCUCGCUUCUUCCUCCUCCACCAUCAUAAUACACUGUAACCAUGUCACCCACUGCACACAUUUUCAGCAGGUGGAUUAUGCAGUGUGUUGUUAUGAGUAGUGCAUAAGUUAUCCCUAUUCAAAGUCAGGAACGCACACUGACCUCGGCCAUCAUUGUACAGGCAGUCUCAGUGUGUUUGUGGGAAACGCAUGUCUCCCACUGUUGAACUUUUUGUUAUAUGAGCAGGUGGAUUGCAUAGUUUAUGUGCCCUGUUUUUUUAUUGACGAAUGAAGUUAUAUGCAGUUUACAUACUGCAUAAGUCUUGUGAAUAUGCUCUGUAUUCGACAGAUUACAUGACCAGACAGUGACAAUGUCCUUAUUUCCUAGUGACGUGACUUGGGCAUUGUGAGGUGCAUUAGGGAUGGUUGGCAAAUACUGCAUUAAUUAUCUCUGUAUGACUCACUACACUAGUAUAGGUGGAAGGACCAUUACACAGAGAUAAGGGGUGUGCAAGGGAUAGAGGGAAGGAGCCGUAACCAUCGGAUAUGGAUGUACAGGACCUUCUCUUAUCACUGGAGGUUAUUAACCUCUUCUAGUUCCUGUCACGAGCAAGGCCAGGUUACCCUUGUUCACCUGUGGCUUACUAGAAACACUGUUUGAGGGGAGGCGUCGGUGAUGGAUGUAGAGGGCAGUCUCUUAUCAGAGUUCAGGUUAUUAAGCCCUUCUACUCCCUGUCCUGGUCAUGACGAGGCGAGGCCAAUGAUAGGUUAGCUGGUUAUAUGUGUGAUGUCAUUCUGCCUCACACUUCCUCUCUUGUUUAUGAAAGUGUCUCGUUCAAAAUAUCAAGUACACUUACUAUGGUUAGACGUAUGUUCAUUACUGUGUGACACAAUAUAAUAAUUCCAAAUCCUUUAUAAAUGGAUGUUAGUCUGAUGUGGUUACUUUGUAGGUGCUCUUUUGACCAUAUCGGUAUCGGACCAUAAUAACCAAAAAAUAUAUCUGCAUCGGCCCGUUGUGGUGAGAAAACAAAGAGAGAGGUCAGUAUUGCUAAGAAAAUAUUGACCUAUCGGUAUCACCCAAAAUUUCCACAUCUGUACAUUAACGUUUUAGUCAUUUAGCAGACGCUCUUAUCCAGAGCGACUUACAGUUAGUGAGUGCAUACAUUAUAUAUAUAUAUUUAUUUAUUUUCAUACCCCCCGUGGGAAUCGAACCCACAACCCUGGUGUUGCAAACGCCAUGCUCUACCAACUGAGCUACAUCCCUGCCGGCCAUUCCCUCCCCUACCCUGGACGACGCUGGGCCAAUUAUGCGCCGCCCCAUGAGUCUCCCGGUCGUGGCCGGCUACGACAGAGCCUGGAUUCGAACCAGGAUCUCUAGUGGCACAGCUAUCACUGCAAUGCAGUGCCUUAGACCACUGCGCCACUCGGGAGUAACCGGCAUCACUGCGCUGCUACCAGCUUGGCUUCCUCCACUGUCCCUGUCCCUUUACUGGACUCAAAGCUGGGAUGAGUUUAUCUGGUGUAAUCUGACUCUAUUAAACAUGGCUAGUCUUGCAAACUCCUAUGGUCGUUGUCAAACCCUUGUAGCCUGGAACCAGGCUACUCUUUCACUGUUCAGACUCUAUGAUGUGACCCCCCCUCUGUCAUUGUGUUCCAGGUUUAUGUCGCAGCACCCAGAGAUGGACUUCUCUAAAGCCAAAUUCAGCUAAGAGACGUCGCUGUCGUUCCCCAGCCAACCCUCCAUACCCCUCUUCGCUCUUACUCUGCCCAGGAAAACGAUGACUAUGAAUCCUUAUCAAAACCAACCUCCAGCGCCGAUCUUACAGUUGAAUUGAAUCUUUCUCUUUAUCUGUCUUCAUUACCCUUUCUCUCGCUUUCUGUCUCUCCCCUUUUCUGUAGUCCUGAGGUUCUGGGUUCUUGUUAGUCUCUUUCCUGUGACUGUGACAGAAACUUGACGACUGUAAUAACUCCCAUCUUUGUUCUGUUGCAUGUGUUACUAUGUUCUGAAUGUUUAAAGAAAUGUUUGGAGCCUUUUCCUUUUUUUAAAAUAAAUAAAUUCAAACCACAUUCAUUGAAAUAUGGCGUCAUUGGUACUUUACUGUAAGAGAAAAAUAACUGAAAUACGAUGUGAGAUUAGCUACCAUGCAGAUUAGGCAUUUCAUUCAUUGUGAAAUCUAACAAGAGCUUUCAGAGACGUUGUGACAGGCGGCAAAUGUCACAUUUUUUAUUUGUUCUCAUAUUGUUUUUAUUACCCAUGAAUUUAAAGUGUACUAUCGUAAAACGUAGUUGAAGGCCAGUUCAACAGGUAGUCGUAUUGAUUUUGGAGGACAUCCAAGCCUCAGGCCCAAGGGCUCCCGACUGACUGACAUAUUCAAUGUGUUUGAAAUGAAACUUGUAGGUGUUGAGUGACCAUGUGUUGCUAUUGUGCAAUGUGUGAUGCCCUUGAGACUAGAGGUUUGUAUGGAUCCCCUAUGAAUCGCUUUAAAUAUGAUCUGAUAUAGAAUCAGGUAUAUAGAGUAGGGAGCAUGUGUCCGGUGGGGCUGGAGAGCAAGCAUACAACUUCAGUGUGUACAGAGUGGAUGACAUCAAUAUUUGUAGUUUAUAGGUUGGGAAUGGUUGAGUCAAUAUUACCAGGUUACUAGGUGAGGUCAUCAUGGUAUUUUAGAUUAAGAACCCGACAUCACUGAAGAGAUUAUUAAUAUAAAUGUCACGGGUGUACUAAAUAAACAAAUAUGAUUAAAAGUCCUACUAAAUUAUUUUAGAUAUAUUUAGGUAUAAUUCUUUAUGGAAUAUUGUCUCCUGGUGUUUAUACAAUCUCACCACAAUGAGCGUUAUUUUACUUCGAAAAGCAGCAGUCUUUUUUUUGUACAGUUUUCUACCAUCCAGUUGAUCAGGUAAAUUAAAAGAUAAGACUGUUAAUUGUCCAUAGGUAAUGGAAAUCUUUUUUUUUUUUAACUACAGUUUUUGCAGAAUGUUCUAUUCAUUAUAAACAAGAAAAUGUUGAUCUAUAUACUGAACAAUAAUAUAAACUAUUUCAACCAUUUUACUGAGUUACAGUUCAUAUAAGGAAAUCAGUCAAUUGAAAUAAAUAAAUUAGGCCCUAAUCUAUGGAUUUCACAUGACUGGGCAGGGGCGCAGCCAUGGGGUGGGCCUGGGAGGGCAUAGGCCCACCCACUUGGAAGCCAGGCUCCCCCACUGGGGAGCCAAGCCCAGCUUAUCACAAUACGUUUUUCCCCACAAAAGGGCUUUAUUACAGACAGAAAUACUCCUCAGUUUCAUCAGCUGUCUGGGUGGCUGGUCUCAGACGAUCCCGCAGGUGAAGAAGCCAGAUGUGGAGGUCCUGGGCUGGUGUGGUUACACGUGGUCUGUGGUUGUGAGGCCAGUUGGAUAUACUGCCAAAUUCUCUAAAACGACUGAGAAAUUAAGAUUCAAAUCUCUGGCAACAGCUCUGGUGGACAUUCCUGCAGUCAGCAUUCCAAUUGCAUGCUCCCUCAAAACUUGAGACAUCUGUGACAUUGUUGACAAAACUGCACAUUUUAGAGUGGCCUUUUAGUGUCCCCAGCACAAGGUGCACCUGUGUAAUGAUCAUGGUGUUUAAUCAGCUUCUUGAUAUGCCACACCUGUGGAUGGAUUAUCUUGGCAACAACUCUGGUGGACAUUUCUGCAGUCAGCAUGCCAAUUGCACGCUCCCUCAAAACUUGAGACAUCUGUGGCAUUGUUGACAAAACUGCACAUUUUAGAGUGGCCUUUAAUUUUCCCCAGCACAAGGUGCACCUGUGUAAUGAUCAUGCUGUUUAAUUAGCUUCUUGAUAUGCCACACCUGUGGAUGGAUUAUCUUGGCAAAGGAGAAAUGCUCACUAAUAGCAGUGUAAACAAAAUGUUGCACAAAAUUUGAGAGAAAUAAGCUUUUUAUGCGUAUGGAACAUUUCUGGGAUAUUUGAUUUUAGCUCAUGAAACAUGGGACCAACACUUUACAUGUUGUGUUUAUAUUUGUAUCAGUAUAUAUUUUUUAUCAAAUUCGUUCUUUAGAAUAUGUAGUUAGUAUGUCAGACCCAAAAAAAAUGAUGGCAUUGUAAAGGAAUAUAGUAUCAUUAAGAGGAGCCGGUAACCUAUAAAGGGUCACCUGGGAUGAGGUCAUCUCCAAAUCAAAUAGAGUCACAGUGUACUAAGGAGGCAUGCUGGGGCGGUGGCAAAGCGUCUCAGAGUAGGAUUGCAGAUCUAGGAUCUGUUAUGCCUUUUAAAUCAUAUUGAUUAGAUCAGCACUCCUACUCUGAGACACGUUGUGAAUAUGUGCUCUGGACCUUCAACCAGCCUCCAGCCUCUCUGGCUCCCCAUGCAACAAUAGGUCAGACGAUGAUUCCAGCCUGGCUGUAUUGUCAGGGUCUGCAUGGGGCCGUGGGUAAAACAGCCCAACUCACUGAGGGGGUCCGCUGCCGGGUGCUCUCCCCUUCUCAGACUGGAGGAACAACAACCAGCCUUCCAGCCAAGACCCUCGAGAAACAGGAACCAUAG